AUGUAUUUAUAUGGGACGAAGCUCCUAUGGCUCCAAGGAGAAGAUUGUAGACAGCUACUUCAUGUCAAAGUAAACAGUACACGCAGUGAAGUAGUUGAUUUGUCUAUCAAUCGUUUUUCACAUUGGCAAAAUAUUGUUAAAUAUUCAUUAACUCAAAAUAUGCGAGUUUUACCUCAAGAAAUAGAAUUCACAAAAUUUUUAUUAAAUGUCGGUGAUGGAAUAUUGAACGACAUUCAUGAUAAUUUGAGUUUAGAUAAUAUUCCUAAAAAAUGUAUUACAAUAACUAACGAAGUAGAAGAUAUAGUUGCUGAUAUUUAUGGUCAUAUAUUUCAUUGUAGACAAUAUAGACAAGCAAUUAAUUAUGCAAUAUUAUCUGCACGAAAUGUGGACGUUAAUGAAAUUAAUGAAACAGUUGUAAAUUUGUUAGAUGAAACGACAGAAAAAAAUUAUACAAGUAUUGAUAGUACUGAAAACUGUGACAAUGAAGGAUUUAAUAAUAUUUUAUUACCAGAAUAUUUAAAUAUUUUGAAUCCCUCAUCUCUUCCUCCGUAUGAAUUGAGACUAAGAAUAAAUUCCAUUAUUAUGAUUAUUCGAAAUCUUAGUAUUAGUGAAGGUUUAUGUAAUGGUACACGAUUAAUGGUUUUAGAACUUGCUAAUAAUAUACUAAAAUGUGAAAUAUUAACGGGUGAUAAAAAAGGUGACAUAGUAUUUAUUAAUCGUAUAACUUUAUAUUCAUCAGAAACUGAUUAUCCGUUUAUUUUUAUAAGACGUCAAUUUCCUAUUAAAUUAGCAUUUGCAAUGACAAUUAAUAAAGCUCAGGGACAAACUUUUAAAAAAAUUAGAAUAGAUUUAAGAAAUGAUGUUUUUAGUCAUGGACAUUUAAAUACGUUGCUUUACCUCGUGUACGGUUAUGAGAUUCUUUAA